CACUCUAACGCACCGCUUUACGACAUUUUUACGACAUUUCACGAAGGGCGCCGAAAUUAGAAGAUUUGACUAGUUUGCUCAUUUUUUUCUUAGCUGCUAAUAUUUGUAACUUUUUAUAAUAAUAGAGACAGUUUCAAAUACCUUCGAAGAUUGUGGGAUUACGUUACAGUGUUUUAUUUUUAUGAAGAUAUGGCAGUUAGCAAGCUUGUGUUUUGUUGAAAUGUGUGAAGUCUGUGCUGUGAUCAUGCACUGCUAGAUCACAGUAAUGAACAUUUUAAAUAGAUUACUGUUCAGAUUGACUGUUCACUGCAGAUUUCGACGGCAAAUAUCUGUUAGCAUGAUAAAACGAACUCAGAUUAAGAAAGUACUUUGUGUUGCUGAGAAAAACGAUGCAGCUAAAGGGAUAGCAGAGAUUAUGUCAAAUGGGAGAUCAAGAAGGAGAGAGGGAUAUUCUGUUUACAACAAAAUAUAUGAGUAUGAAUACAACCUAUUUGGACAGAAUGUAACUGUAUCCAUGACGUCAGUUUCAGGGCAUCUAUUGGGACUUGAGUUCAAAGCCCCUUUUCAGAAAUGGCAUAGUUGUAAUCCUGUGCUGCUGUUUGAUGCUGAGGUGGAAAAGUAUUGUCCUGACAACUUUGUACCAAUUAAGAGGACACUGGAACGUGAGGUAAAACAAUGCCAAGCUUUAGUCAUUUGGACUGAUUGUGAUAGAGAAGGAGAGAAUAUUGGCUUUGAGAUCAUCAAUGUUUGCAAAGCAGUGAAGCCAAACAUUCAGGUCUUUCGUGCACGAUUCUCUGAGAUCACUCCAAAUUCUAUAAGGAGAGCUUGUGAGACACUUACUUAACCAAAUAUCAACAUCAGUGACGCAGUGGAUGUGAGACAAGAACUUGAUCUCCGUAUCGGGGCGUCUUUUACAAGGUUCCAGACAUUACGCUUACAGAAGAUAUUUCCAGAAUCUCUCUCGGAUCAGCUCAUCAGUUAUGGGAGUUGUCAGUUCCCUACUCUUGGCUUUGUGGUGGAGAGGUUUAAAGCCAUUCAAGCCUUUGUCCCUGAAACUUUCUUCAAAAUUAAAGUUGUUCACGAGCCCAACGAAGAGGAAUCGGUAGAAUUCGGUUGGAAAAGACAUCGACUUUUCAACCACACAGCAUGCCUUGUGCUUUAUCAAAUGUGCAUGGAGGAUCCCAUAGCGAACGUGAUAUCUGUAACAAGUAAACCAAAAAGCAAAUGGCGACCUUUACCACUUGACACAGUGGAACUUGAAAAACUGGCUUCAAGAAAAUUGAGGAUCAGUGCAAAAGAAACAAUGAAAAUCGCAGAAAAGCUGUACACUCAAGGGUUUAUCAGUUAUCCUCGCACGGAGACCAACAUGUUUCCACAGAACCUGAACCUUACGCCACUCGUUGAGCAGCAGACACAAGAUAAUGAAUGGGGAAAUUUUGCUCAGCGCAUUUUGGACAGCGGUGGGCCAACACCUCGCAAUGGAAACAAAUCAGAUCAGGCCCAUCCCCCCAUUCACCCCACCAAAUACACUAACAGCUUACAGGGAAAUGAAAAACGGUUAUAUGAGUUCAUCGUGCGUCACUUCCUGGCCUGUUGUUCCAAAGAUGCUCAGGGUCAGGAGGUGAUAGUUGAAAUUGAAAUUGCCCAAGAGAGAUUCUCCGCUAGCGGACUUACGAUCAUUGCACGAAAUUAUCUGGAGGUGUAUCCCUAUGACAAGUGGUACAAUAAGGUUAUUCCUUUAUAUGAACCCAAUACAACAUUCCAACCCACAGCAAUUGAGAUGGUGGAAGGACAGACCAGUCCACCACAGCUUCUGACAGAGGCGGAUUUGAUUUCUCUCAUGGAAAAGCAUGGCAUUGGCACCGAUGCAACGCAUGCGGAACACAUUGAGACCAUAAAAAGCCGCAUGUAUGUUGGGCUGACAGCUGACCAGAGGUUCCUUCCUGGAGAGCUCGGCAUGGGUCUUGUUGAGGGGUACAACUCUAUGGGCUAUGAGAUGUCUAAGCCAGACCUGAGAGCAGAACUGGAGGCGGACCUUAAACUUGUCUCAGAGGGCCGUAAGGACAAAGCUUCUGUCCUCAGCUACCAUGUGGCAAAAUACAAGGCUGUUUUUAUCGAAUCUGUGAGGAAGGCAAAGAAAUUGGAUGAAGCUUUGUCUAAUUACUUGGGUCCGGCUCAAGAGUUUACAGAACAGGAGCAAGAACAGCUAGAAAUACCAUUACCAGUGCGAAAGUGUCCUCAGUGUAACCGUGACAUGGUGUUGAAGAAAAAGAAAGACAGCACUGGAAUGUUUCUUUCAUGUAUGGGAUAUCCUGCCUGUAAAGCAGCCGUGUGGUUUCCAGGCACAGUACUGGAGGUCAGCAGAGACGAGAGCGUCUGUCCGACGUGCCGUCCACCUCCUGUGCAUAUGCUAAAGUUUAAAUUCAAAAGGGGAAGCCUGCCACCCAUGAUGCCCCUUGAAUUUGUUGGAUGUAUCGGAGGAUGUGACGAGACUCUGAGAGAGGUCUUAAAUUUGAAGUAUCUCAGAGGAGGAGAUGGAGAUUCUAGCUCUCGAAUGAACAAUAACUUGACAUCCCAUCAGCCUCGUGUACAAAGAACCAACUCGGCACCUCCGUCCAGGGUGGAGAACAGUAGACCUCCAGCACCCAGACCCAGAGCUGACAGCAACAGGCCAACAGCCAGCCUGCCACCUCUGCAGCCCCCAGCCCAGGAUGGUGCCAUUGUGUGCAACUGUGGCCUGGAUGCAGUUCUUCUCACAGUUCGCAAAGAUGGUCCCAAUCAAGGACGUCAGUUUUACAAGUGUAACACGGGGGAUUGUAAGUUUUUUCUGUGGGCAGAUCAACCCGCUGAGCAGGGAGCACCCGGUGGAAGCAGAGGACCCCUAAAUCAGACGUCACAACCCCCCAGGCCCUCAGUUGGCUUUGGAAACGUAGCUCAGCAACAGCAAAACAACAGAGGAUCUGGCAGCAAUGAGGGUGAAACUAUGUGUAACUGCAAUGAGCCUGCUGUUACCCGGACGGUCAUGAAAGAUGGUCCAAACAAGGGCCGCAUGUUCCACACCUGUGGAAAACCACGUGAUCAGCAGUGUGGCUUCUUCCAGUGGGCAAAUGAGAAUGUUCCUCCAGCCACAGAUUUUCCUGAAGGAAAUAAUGGUAAUCGUGGCGGGAACAAAAAGACCAGCGCUGUCUCCAACAAACCUCCUGCUGCCAAACGUCAGAGAACCUGUGGGACAUGUCAUGAGCCGGGUCAUACUCGGGUCACUUGUCCCCACGGCCAUUAAAAAAGUGCUGGAAAUGAGCUGCAGAUAUUUUGUAAUAUUUGUAAAAAAAUGAAAUGAAUGUUGUCUUGAGAUAGCAAUUUUUUAUAUACAGUAUAAAAAAAUAAUAAAUAGUGUAAAAUAAAGUUAUUUUAAUACAAAAUGAAUUAUUUAUUGUGUUUCU